AUGGGGGACGUUGAGAAGCAUCAAGCACAACACCUCGAGGAGCUAGAGCGAGUGUCCACCAAGCAAGAAGACUCCCGCAAUGGCUCGCUGGACAAGAUCCAGACGCACGAGACCUUGGCCGCCGUUGAUGUGCACAACAAGCAGGCGUUUAAGGGUGAUGACUCUGAUGGACGGCUCGGAUGGACUGUCCGAAAUUGGUUCGCUGCUGCCUUCCUAGCCAUGCUGUACACAGGCUCCCAGAUCCUCCUCUACUUCACUGGAGGCUCCUUGUCCUACAUCGCCGUAGAUGUCGGCGGCGGCGCAGCAGUCGGAUGGAUCCCAGUCGCCAACACUCUCUCAAUCGCUGCCGUGUGUCCUUUCGUCGGAUACCUCCAGGAUCUCUUCGGAAAGCGCUACAUCGCCCUCUUCGGCGCUCUCUGUCUCUGCAUCGGCUGUGCAGUCAUGGGCACGGCCAACAGCCUCGGAGCAGCUCUAGUUGGACAGGCAUUCGCUGGUGCAGGAGCUGGCAUCGGUGAACUCACCGGUCUCGCCGGCCUCGCGGAGACGGUGCCAGUCAAGCAUAGAGGCUACUCCCUAGCUGUGCUCACCGCCUUCGUCCUCCCCUUCUGCCCUUACGUCCUCUACUCCGAACUCUUCUCCACGCGCUACACCUGGCGCGUUGGGGCCUGGAUCUCCCUCGCCUACAACGGUCUCACCGGUCUCGGCCUCCUGCUCACUUACUUCCCGCACGCCCAUACUCGAUCCGAGGGCAUGAGCACCUCGGCCACCAUCAAGCGUAUCGACUUCGUCGGCGGCCUUGCUUCCAUCGCCGGUUUGGUGCUCUUCCUCAUCGCCCUCCAAGCAGGCGGCAACACGCACCCAUGGAGUUCAGCAUAUGUCCUCGCUACCUUCCUCAUCGGCCUCGCGCUGAUUGCGUUCUGGGUCCUUUGGGAGGCCAAGUUUGCCAAACACCCCAUGAUACCCAGACAGCUAUUCAAAGGCCAAAAGGUCGUUGGGCUAGCCUACGGCGUCGCCUUUGUUGCCGGCAUGAACUUCUUCUCCCUCCUCAACUUCUGGCCUCUUACGAUCAGUCACGUCUACGACCCCGUCCCCGUUCAGAUCGGUCUUCGAGGCAUCUCCGUCGGCUUCGGUACGGCUGUCGGUGCGAUCUUCUGGAACGCUCUCCUCUCGACUUUCCCGGCCCACUGCAAAUGGAUCCUCUUCAUUUCAGCAGGCAUCCUCACUGCCUUUGGCGGAGCACUGGCGUCGAUGACUCCUAACAACGUCGUUUCCACUGUGGCUAUCGGCACCGCCGCGUCUUUCGGUCUAGGUGGUGUCAUCGUUCCGGCGGCUACGGUAGCUAUGAUCGCUGCUCCUGAUGCCCUCAUCACGACGGCUGCUGCGCUCUCGCUGUCGGUUCGCGCGGUGGGUGGCUCCAUCGGAUACUCGAUCUACUACAACGUCUUCAAGAAGAAGCUCACCGCCAAACUCCCUGCGCUGGUGGGCACUUAUGCUGUAGCGGCCGGUCUGAACCCAGAGUCAGCUGUCGACUUUGUCACGGUGUACGCCACGCUGGGCGCUGAAGCGGCGGCGGAGAUUCCUGGUGUCACAGCACGGGUGCUGGAGGGUGCGCUGACUGGAUCGCAGUGGGCUUAUGCUGAGUCGUUGCAUUAUGUCUGGUACACGAGCAUUGCCUUCGGCACUUGCGCCAUGAUCUUCUCGAUCCUCAUCGGCAACACCGCACGCUUCCAAACGAACAGAAUCGCCGUGGAGCUGUCUUAG